AUGGGCAGCGUGGGGAGUGGGGUGGCGGGGGAGCAGGAGUUUGCCAUGAAGAGCGUGGGCACUCGCACCACCUUGCCACGCGCUCCUCCUCUUUCCCGUAGCGCUGAGCGUCUUCCUCCUCCUCCGCCGAUGCUGGGAGCGUCGGAGGGCACGGCAUCCAGCGACGAGAGGGGCAGCAGCACUACGGAUCGGCCACAGCUCACCAGCUGUGAGUCCACUUCAUCAAACCUGGACCGCGUCACUGCCAACGGGGACCGACCGGAGGCAAACACAGCUAGCAGUAACUCCGCAGGGCGCAGGGAUGGGAGCCGAGGUGGCGUGGCCUUAGAUGCUUGCGGGAAUAUUGUAGGUCCCAACAACGAGAAGAAUGGCACUGGCACAGUCCAAGUGAAGAACCGAGACAGCGCCAUAACGAAACCUGAUGGCCGUACGCCACCCAAGAUUGUCCCCAUGUCUGGAAAACUAGAGCAGAACAACUCUGCUCUGGUGCGUCCCUCUGCUUUCAAACCUGUGGUGCCAAAGAGCUUCCAUUCCAUGCAGAAUCUAGUGGGCCAAGCAGGUGGGGGUGCUGGAAAUCGUGCCACGGGGGGCACCGGGGGUACUGGUGCCCCUGAAUCCCUAAGUGAACAGGACAGCCCCGGUGGGGGCAGGACAGGGGGUGACAAUGGUGGCCAGGGAGGGAUGUCAGAUUCGGGAAGGAACUCUCUAACCAGCUUACCCACUUACACAGGCUCUGGCACAGGCUACGGCCCUCCUCCAGCCCUGGGACCCCUAAGCGCCUCCACCAGUCAUAUUAACAGACUGGGCACCGCAGCCCCCACCCUGGAGAAACUGGACAAACUGGAGAAGCCUACCUACAACAAUGGCCUGAGUGCCUCCGACAGUGGACGCUCCUCCUCUGGAAAGAGUUCCUCAUCUUAUCAGAGACUUUGCCAGCUCGGUGACACCCCUGCCCCUGUACGUCCCUCUCCCUCUUCUGAUGACAUCAUCCAGGACCUUGAGGACAGGCUUUGGGAGAAAGAGCAAGAAGUGCUUCACAUGCGCCGCAACCUAGACCAGAGCGAGGCCGCCAUUGUGCAGGUGUUUGAGGAGAAACAGCGGGUGUGGGAGCGCGAGAUGGAGGAGCUGCGGCAGAAUUACGCCGGCCGGCUGCAGCAGGUGACGCGCCGCGCCCAGCGCAGCCAGCAAGCGCUGCAGGCUCAGAUCGCCCGUCUGCAGCAGGACAAAGCCCGACUGCAGGAAGAGAUCAGUGCACUGCUGGCCCAGCGUGAAGAGCUGGAGAGAAAGUGCCUGGACUACAGGAAGGAGCAGGCCGAUAUCCUGCCCCGCCUGGAGGAGACCAAAUGGGAGGUGUGUCAGAAGGCAGGGGAGAUCUCUCUGCUGAAGCAGCAGCUGAGGGAGAGCCAGAGUGAGGUGACCCAGCGUGCAGGGGAGAUGGUGGCUCUUCGAGGCCAGCUCAAAGAACUCAACGCCCAGCUAAAAGAGAGGGAGGAGACCAUGCUUGGCCUGAAGGACUCUUAUGCUAACAAGAGCCUGGAACUGGAGAGGUGUCAAGGUGAACUGAAGAGGACAUUGGCAGAGGUGUCUAUGCUAAGGGAUAAGUUGGUGGUGUUUGAGGCAGAGGUGAUGGGUUUGAAACGGGCUCUGGGUGAGCUAAGUAACUCUGACCCCGUGGGAGGAGGUGGAAGCACCAUGAGCAGUAGCAGCAGCAGCGGGCACUUGGUCAGCCUGCGCUCUACGUCACACUUGACCUCUGACCCACUGUCCCCACUGUCACCCCUCAGUCCUACAGUGGAUGCAUUGCUUAGCCUGCAGAGUGAUGAGGCUAAGGUCCAACGGCAGGAGGCGGGAGACCUCCGGCGGCAGUUGGAGAGGUUGCAGAGCGAGCUUCGCUUGGAACGACAACAGCGGGAACGUCAGGCGCUCACCUUUGCCCAGGAGCGCCACACCUGGCAGGACGAGAAAGAACGCGUGCUCAAGUACCAGGCGCAGCUGCAGCUCAGCUACGUGGAGACGUUACAGAGGAACCAGGCCCUGGAACAACGUGUGGGCCAGCUUGGGGCCAAGCUGGCUUCCAACCCCAGUUCACCCCCUCCUAUCGCCAUCCCUGUCCCCGUCCCCAUCUCGGUCACUCUGUCCCCCUCACCAUCAGGGGAGGACCCCAAACCUCCAACCCUGCACCAGCUGGCUCCUCCUUGGCCAGGACCUUCUCGUUUGGAGAGGAUUGAAUCUACUGAGAUUUAA